CCCUGGCCCGGCCCGGCCCGGACCACCGGCAGGCACCCUUGUCCCCGGCCCUGGAUGGAGGCUGCAAACUCGGAGCACCCACCCAUCCGCCCAUCCUUGCUGGCUGCCCAGUUACCCUGGUUAGACAAGAACAGGCUCCAACAUCUGGUGGGGCUGUGGUAAAAUCAGGAAGUGAAAAUGCAUCGUUUAAGGACUUGUGCUGCUAAAUUGAGGCCAUUGACUGCCUCUCAGACUGUUAAAAAUGUAUCACACAGCGGAGCAGCAGUGUCUAGGACGUUUCAACAAUGGCGCUUUUAUACUGCGCCAGUUGCUGCUGAACCCUUUCUGAGUGGGACUAGUUCGAACUAUGUUGAGGAAAUGUACUUUGCUUGGCUUGAAAACCCACAGAGUGUUCAUAAGUCUUGGGAUGUAUUUUUUCGGAACGCUAACAUGGGAGCAGCGCCGGGCACUGCUUAUCAAAGUCCUCCUCCGCUGGGUGCAAGUCUGGCUUCCUUGUCUCAAGCCCAGUCCAUGGUAGUUGCACAGCCAAAUGUGGACAAGUUAGUGGAGGAUCAUCUGGCAGUACAGUCCCUCAUCAGAGCUUACCAGAUCCGAGGACAUCAUGUUGCACAGCUGGACCCUUUAGGAAUUCUGGAUGCGGACUUGGAAGCGUCCGUUCCAGCUAACCUAGCCACUUCCUCAAACGGACUUGACAUCGCAGUCUGCAAGGAGCGUCUGAAAAAGUUGACGGUAGGAGCAUUUUAUGGCCUAGAUGAGUCUGAUCUCGACAAAGUCUUCCACUUGCCCACGACUACCUUCAUCGGAGGCAACGAAACUGCCCUUCCACUUCGGGAGAUUAUCCAGCGAAUGGAGAUGUCUUACUGCCAACACAUUGGAGUCGAGUUCAUGUUUAUCAAUGACCUGGAGCAGUGCCAGUGGAUUCGGCAAAAGUUUGAGACGCCACGUGCCAUGCAGUUCAAUAACGAAGAGAAGCGCACCCUCUUGGCCAGGCUGAUCCGCUCCACCAGGUUUGAGGAGUUUCUGCAGAGGAAGUGGUCAUCUGAGAAGCGCUUUGGUUUGGAAGGUUGUGAGGUAUUGAUCCCAGCACUGAAGACCAUCAUUGACAAGUCCAGUGAAAAUGGUGUUGAGAAUGUCAUCAUGGGCAUGCCACACAGAGGCCGUCUGAAUGUGUUGGCCAAUGUUAUCAGGAAAGAAUUGGAGCAGAUCUUCUGUCAGUUUGACUCUAAAUUGGAAGCUGCUGAUGAGGGGACUGGUGAUGUGAAGUACCAUUUGGGUAUGUACCACCGGAGGAUCAACCGUGUAUCAAACAAAAACAUAACUCUCUCCCUCAUGGCCAACCCGUCCCAUCUGGAGGCUGUGGAUCCUGUGGUUCAAGGAAAGACCAAAGCAGAACAGUUUUACCUCAGUGACACAGAAGGAAAGCAGGUGAUGUCAAUUCUCCUGCACGGUGAUGCAGCAUUUGCAGGCCAGGGAAUUGUCUAUGAAACCUUCCACUUGAGUGACCUUCCGUCCUAUACCACCCACGGAACCAUUCAUGUGGUGGUAAACAACCAGAUUGGAUUCACAACUGACCCACGUGUUGCCCGGUCCUCUCCAUACCCAACGGAUGUGGCCCGUGUGGUCAAUGCUCCUAUUUUCCACGUGAACGGUGAUGACCCCGAGGCGGUGAUGUAUGUGUGUAAUGUGGCUGCUGAGUGGAGAAACACCUUCCAUAAGGAUGUCGUGGUUGAUUUGGUCUGUUUCCGUCGCAAUGGGCACAACGAGAUGGAUGAGCCCAUGUUCACGCAGCCACUGAUGUACAAGCAGAUCAAGAAGCAGAAGCCGGUGCUGAAGAAGUACGCAGAGAAGCUGACGUCCGAGGGUGUGGUCACUCAGCAGGAGUUUGAGGAGGAAAUGGCCAAAUAUGAUAAGAUUUGUGAGGAAGCGUAUACUCGAUCCAAAGAUGAGAAAAUCAUGCACAUUAAACACUGGCUGGACUCCCCGUGGCCAGGUUUUUUCACUCUUGAUGGCCAGCCUAAAAGCAUGACGUGUCCCUCCACUGGUCUCACCGAGGACAUGUUGAAUCACAUUGGGAACAUAGCCAGCUCUGUCCCAAUAGAAGACUUCACCAUUCACGGAGGUUUAACUCGCAUCCUAAAGAGCCGUGGGGAGAUGGUGAAGAACCGCAUGGUGGACUGGGCCUUGGCGGAGUACAUGGCCUUUGGAUCCCUGCUGAACGAAGGUAUACAUAUCCGCUUGAGUGGACAGGACGUGGAGAGAGGAACGUUCAGCCAUCGGCAUCAUGUACUGCACGACCAAAACGUGGACAAGAAGACCUGUAUUCCCAUGAACCACCUAUGGCCAAACCAAGCCCCGUACACCGUGUGCAACAGCUCGCUCUCUGAAUACGGGGUGCUGGGGUUUGAACUGGGCUUUGCGAUGGCUAGUCCCAAUGCCCUGGUUCUAUGGGAGGCCCAGUUUGGUGACUUCCACAACACUGCCCAGUGCAUCAUUGAUCAGUUCAUCAGCCCGGGUCAGGCCAAGUGGGUGCGACAGAAUGGGAUCGUUCUGCUCCUUCCACACGGCAUGGAAGGAAUGGGACCAGAACAUUCCUCGGCAAGACCGGAGCGGUUCCUGCAGAUGUGCAAUGAUGACCCUGAUAUUGUACCAAAAUUCACGGAGGAUUUUGUGGUGCGUCAACUGUAUGACACCAACUGGAUUGUCGUCAACUGCUCCACACCUGCAAAUUACUUCCAUGUGCUCAGGAGACAAAUACUGCUGCCCUUCAGGAAACCGUUGAUCAUCUUCACUCCCAAAUCACUGCUUCGCCAUCCAGACGCCAAAUCCAGCUUUGACACCAUGCUGCCAGGCACAGAGUUCCUGCGUGGUAUUGUGGAGGACGGAGUUGCAGCUCACAAGCCCCAGGAUGUAAAGAGGCUGCUGCUUUGUACUGGUAAAGUAUAUUAUGAGCUGGCAAAAGAGCGCAAGACCAGAGACUUGCAAGCUGAGGUUGCCAUCACCAGGGUGGAGCAGCUUUCUCCCUUCCCGUUUGACAUAAUUGAACAAGAAGCAAAGAAGUACUGCAAUGCUGAGAUAGCCUGGUGCCAGGAGGAGCACAAGAACCAGGGCUACUAUGAGUACGUGAAGCCUCGUAUCCGUGCCACCAUUCACCGUGAACGCCCUGUGUGGUACGUGGGACGUGAUCCAGCCUCUGCCCCAGCCACUGGGAACAAGAACACUCACCUGCAGGAACUCAAGAGGUUCCUGGACACCAGCUUUAACCUGGACGCUUUCAAGAACCUGGGCAAAUAAGACCUUUCCUUGGAAUUUGCUCAACAUCUGAAACUUCAUCUUCCGUCCUUACUUCUAGGGACUAGGCUGUGCAUGCUACUGGGAUCUCUCUUGUAACUGUACAAUUGGCAAGAGGCUUGUUCCUGCACCAUUCAUUUCAGAUAGGGAGCAAAGAAAAUACCUCGAAUCAGGACAUAAAUUCUGCAGCAGGGAACAGCUGUGCAUAAACCGGUCACUGGUGUGCUUUUGGCUGGCAUCACCCACUCCACUUUUUAAAUGUAUGAUUUAGUUUAUCUGAGCAGUAGCAGUAAUGAGGUGUGGUUUGUAAAUUUUGUGAAUAAGGAAUUUUUCUAUUUCUGAUCUGGCGAAGGGCUAGGCUCCCGGCCACGGGCAGGAUCACGUUCGUUUUUAGCGACUCUCCACUGCUCCACACGUUAUCAUUGGGAGAAGACGAUGCACCCUCAGCCUGUGCCAAAAUCAAGAUGCUCAUUUACCUAUCUAGAGAGGCGGGGGCCGGAGGGCAGGUUUUAUCUCGAUUACCACUUCUUGGAACUGCGUAGUACAAAAACUGAUUUAUUUAUUUUGGUACAAAUAAACUUUUCGACUCGAUAUAGCUUCAUCAAUAAACAGCGUUCACUUCACGCAA